UAUUCAUCCUAGUUAGGUCGUGAUAAACGCCUGAGAUUCGAUGGCUUUAUUUAGUUCGUGUAAAAGAAAAUACGCAUAAGAUGAAUAGAUAAAUAUUAAUGAAUAUGUCCGGAGUGUAUUAGAGUGUUUGAUUAGAAGCUUAAAAAAGUUCAAAUACUUGUUUCUAUAUCACAAUAAACGUAACAGUUCGCGUGGAAUCACGCGUUCCUCAAUGUACUUUCGUUGUUGCGGCCAUCAUCUUACGACGAAGAAAUCGACACCACCUGGUGACAUUUAAGUGAAAUAAAGUCGAGGUCGAAACUAUUGGUGCCAUAUGCAUUUGAUUGUAUCAUUCAUUACUUAUUUGAAACUUCUCCGUUUGCGUGAAAUUUUGUUUAACUAUGAGACACAUCGUUGCGCUCGACGUUGGUACUACUACUGUCCGUUGUCAUAUUAUUGACGAAAAUGCAAACACUGUAUCAUCCUCCAUCGAAAAGGUGGAACUUAUUUGUUCAAAUCGCGGUUACAUCGAGAUCGACCCUGACCAUUUCUGGAAUAUUAUAGUAAAAACUGUCAAGGAUACAUUAGAUGUAAGCGGACUCGACCCAAGUUCUUUGACAUGUUUUGGAAUUUCGACGCAGCGUGGAACUUUCAGCUGUUGGAAUUUAUUAACUGGAAACCAUUAUCAUAAAUUUAUAACAUGGAAGGAUUUAAGAGCAGAUUCUUUAGUUAAGGAAUGGAAUUGUUCAUUAAUAAUAAAAGGAUUACGUGUAGGGGCUUACAUACUUUACAUAUUAACGAGAAGCAAUCGAUUUUUGGCUGGCAGUGUUUGGAAAUUUAUGAAUACUCAGAUUACCUUACGGUUGCUUUGGGUUUUGCAACAUGUACAAGGCCUAAGAGAAGCUACAAUGAAUGACUCUGUAGCAUUUGGCGAUGUUAAUUGCUGGCUUUUAUACAAAUUAACUGGUAAACAUAUAGUGGAUGUUUCAAGCGCGUCUGCUACUGGAUUGUUUGAUCCGUUUACUAUGAAAUGGGCUACAUGGGCAAUGAAUUUAUUAAAAAUUCCACAUCAUAUAUUUCCUGAGAUCGUUGAUACCGCUACAAACUUUGGGGUUACACCGAAACAUAUAUUCGGCGUUGAAAUUCCUAUAUAUUGUUGUAUGGCUGAUCAAGCAGCUUCCUUAUUCGGUUCGGGAUGUUUUAAUCCAGGUGAUAUGAAAAUUACGAUGGGUACAGGAACUUUUGUUAAUGUUAAUACUGGAGCAAAACCAUAUGCAUCUGUUACUGGUCUUUAUCCCCUGGUUGGUUGGCGUAUUAAAUCUGAAUUAGUUUACAUUGUAGAAGGUUCAUCGAAUGAUACCGGAAUUCUCAUUGAAUGGGCGAAAGCUCUUGAAAUUUAUAAAGAUGUAGCAGAAAUAUCGGAUUUAGCAAAUUCAGUGGAAGACUCGGAUGGAGUAUAUUUUAUACCAGCUUUUACCGGACUCCAGGCUCCGAUAAAUAAUAAUUCUGCGGCAGCAGGUUUAUUAGGAGUGAAAUCAACAACAAAAAAAGCCCACAUUUUACGAUCGUUAUUAGAAAGUCUUGUAUUCAGAACGUUAUUGCUUUGCGAUAGUUUUCAUUCAGAAACUAACUUCACGUUUAACAAAGCACGAAUCGACGGCGGAGUGUCCCAAAAUGAUUUCAUGAUGCAACUAUUGGCAGAUGUCACGGGUUUAGAAAUAGAGCGACCUGUCAGUGUAGAAAUGUCCAUUUUUGGUGUAGCAUGUUGUGCUGGCUUAUAUUGUGGUAUAUGGAAAAAUAAAGAAGAAUUAAAAAAUCUUCGCAAAGUGGAGAAAAUAUUUAAGCCAAACAAAGAUUCGCAAUUACGUUAUAAAAAUACUAUUACCCAAUGGAAACGAGCAGUAGAUCGAUUUACAGACUGGUAUUGAUACCAAAGGUGCUUGGUCAUAGUCAAGUAAAAAAUAAAAAAAGCUGUACUAAUAUAAAUAUUUAUGUGCUGUAAGAAUCUAGUUAAAAAAAGCUAUAUUCCUAAAAUAUAUUGUAAAUAAGAUUAUCUAUGUAGUAAUACGAGCAUCACGUUUAGGAUACUGUUAGUUUUAAAUGAUAUUUAAAUAGAAAAUGAAUAGAUCGAAUAAUUAAAGAUAUUGUAAAAGGCAUGAUAUUCUAAUGCAAUACUUAUAAUUGUAGUAUACUCAAUAGAUAAAAGUCGAUUUUUAAUCAAAAUAAUGUUUUCGCGUGAUCUAUCAAGAAUAAUAAUAAUUAAUUAUUUAAUACACAAAAUAUGCUACACACAGCUAUAUACUAUUUGUUAUAUUUAUAGAAACCAUUCUUGUGAUAAAACAUUCGCGAGUCAUUAGUAAUGUUAAUGUGUUCCUGAGAAAAGUGCCUUUUUAUAUUGUUAACAUAUUUAGGAAAUCUCUUUAAUAAUGAUAUAUUUUUUUAUACACAUGAUUCGUUAGUACAAACUUUUUAAACAAUAAAAUAUAUCAU